AUGGAUAUCGAAGACUGUCCGUUGGGUACCGACAUUGUUCGGAUAGGACUCAAGAAGGAGAGGAAACAAGUUGCAGAGACUAUUGCAGGAUAUACCCAAGGAGCAACCAUUCUCUUGCGCGAAUCGACGCAACGCAUACCAAAGUCCGAGUUCGAUGAGAGCAAAUACACCGAUUCCGAUGACGUUAUAUUGAAGAAAGACCAUCCAGAUUACGUCGAAGAAAAGCGAUACGUGAGAGAUCACAAUGGAUAUGUGGUUGAGUGGGUAGACGACUUUGAGCUCCGAACCAAGGCCGGCGCGUUCUUCCAAAACAAUAAUUCCAUCCUCUCCGGCUUCACCGAGUUCAUGCGCCAAAACGUGCAUCCAAAGGAACAAAAAGAAGGCGAAAAGCCCAUCAAAUAUCUCAUUGAUGCCUAUUCCGGCUGUGGAUUGUUCACAGUAACACUUUCCAAAAUGUUCAAGUCAUCUCUUGGUAUCGACAUCGAUGUGCACUCGAUCGAAAAUGCACGAGAAAACGCCAAAUACAACAACCUCCCCAACACCGGUUUCACAGCCGCCGACGCAACCGUACUUUUCCAAAAGGUCCCCUAUCCGCCCGACGAGACAUUGAUCGUCAUCGACCCUCCACGCAAGGGUUGCAGCAAGGAUUUCUUGAGACAAUUACUCGAAUACGGCCCUCGACGUAUUGCCUACGUGAGCUGUAAUGUGCAUACUCAAGCUCGUGAUGUUGGUUAUCUGGUUCAGAACGAUUCGCCGAAUGGUGUCCGAUAUGAUAUUGAGAGCGUUAGAGGGUUUGAUUUUUUCCCUCAGACGGGUCAUGUAGAAGGGUUGGCGAUUUUGAAUAAGGUGGUGAAAACCCCUGAUGCUACUGCUCCAUCUACUGAGUCGAAGACUGAGAAUGUUGCCGCCGUUUCUGUUGAGAAGGAGGUUUGA